ACCCCUCCUAUAUAAUGACCUUCGGACCUUUCAAAGUCCUCAAACAAAUACACAUCGCAGCAGUUGCGCAAGUCUUUUCUCCCCCUCUCCUCUUCUCUUCACGAGAUUCAGUGUGAUUGUCUGUGAGUCAUGGACCGCAGCAAUGGCAACGGCGGCGUGAGGAACGGCGCGAGGCUGGAGCUGCAGCUGAAUCUGUCGCCGCCGGUGGGGAUGGAGGUGAACGGCCAUGACGACAGCGGCUCGUCGUCGCCAAGCUCCUGCGUGUCGUCGGACGGCAGCCCUGGAAGCAAGUCGCCGAUGGUGAUCGGGGCCUGCACCCGGUGCCUCAUGUACUGCAUGGUGGCCAAGAAAGAUUACCCCACCUGCAUCAACUGCAAGCAGCCCUGCCUCGUGGACCUGCUCCAGAACGGAGGCGCCGGUGCGGGCGCCUCCGCGGACGGCGACAAGAAGCGCGGCAAGCGCAAGUGAAGAAAUAUCAACGGUGCGGGCGCGUGCCCGUCCAGUGGAUGCUCAUACGGAUGGUUAGCUCGAUCAGGCAAUGAGCGAAUCUUGAGCCUGGAGGAGUGAGUGACCGCCGUCGGAUCAUCCACUGUACAGGGUUGGGUCUCUUGAGUAACAGGCUACUUAGCUUAAGUAGUUACUUUCUUUUAUGUUGCUGGGUUGCAAUGGGUUGGUUAGUUUAAUUAGCAUUAUGGCUAGUUUUCGAUUGAUUUUGUUGUAGCAGUGGUCUUCUAAGUUUGUAGUGCCCUGUUUGGCUGAAGAAAUGCAAGACCUAACUAACGGUAUGCAGCAGCUAAGCUAGCGAUGGUUGUUUCCAAUAA